AGGAUAUAACAUCUUUCUUCUUCCUUAUUGGCUAAAGUCUCAGAGAUUUUAUCCAAAAAUAGUUUUGUUUAAUUCUCUGGAAGGAAAAAAAUAAAAAAGAAAACCAUUUCUUCAGCUCUUGUUCUUCUUUGGCUGAGAGGCAAUGGCGGAGGAGCAAAAGACGAUCAAAGUUGACGUAGAUUCUCCUGCGGUUGUAGCUCCGGCGAAGGAACCUACUCCUGCUCCGGUGGAAGUUUCAAAAGACGUGGCGGAGGAGAAAGUUCAUACUCCACUUCCCGACGAGUCCAAAGCUCUUACCGUUGUUGAAAAACCCAUUGAGGAGCCCACACCAAAGAAAAGUUCAGCUGGUUCGGUUGAUAGAGAUGUGAAGCUUGCAGACUUGGAAAAGGAGAAGAAAACUUCAUUCAUCAAAGCAUGGGAAGAGAGUGAGAAGUCAAAGGCUGAGCACAAGGCACAAAAGAAGAUAUCUGAUGUGCUUGCUUGGGAGAACAGCAAGAAAGCAGCCACUGAAGCUCAACUCAGGAAGAUUGAAGAGAAACUAGAGAAGAAAAAAGCAGAGUAUGGUGAGAAAAUGAAGAACAAAGUGGCGGCUAUUCACAAGGAAGCAGAAGAGAAGAGAGCAAUGGUUGAAGCUAAAAAGGGAGAAGAGCUUCUCAAAGCUGAAGAAAUGGCUGCUAAGUAUAGAGCCACUGGUGUCGUUCCCAAGGCAAACUGUGGAUGUUUCUAAGUCUUUUUAUUUAAUCUGUUUCUCAUGUCAUUGUUUGUAAUACUUCCUCUCUCCUUUUUUUGUGUGAUUCAGUUACCUUUUAUAGUUGGUUUUUGUUUGUUUGCUGUCUUGUUUAUAUAAUUGGUGAUUUUGUAUAAAAAGACAUCAAGGUUAAAGAUAUUAUGUAUUUUCUGUAA